AAUAUCAUUUAUUGACUAUAUAAAAUUUCCUCAGUGCAAACCAACAUGAAUUCCAGAUUCACUACCAGAGUCCCCAUAUACCUGAAAUCCCUCGAUCCUGACCAAGCUUCUAUUUCAGGAAGUGCGGAUGAAGAUUCUCCUAUAUCCUUUACCAAAACAAGCAGAAAACCUAGCCAGAACAGGAUCUGCCUCAGAAUAUUGAAAUAAGAGGGAAGCAGAACUUGCUCACCUUAGUAGUAUGAUAGAAGGGCAGCUUAAGAAUAUUAGAGUGACUCUAGAAAACAAAAAUAGGCAAAGGAAUGAAAAUAAAAGAGAAUUAAGGUACAGCAAACUCAGGAUUGCCAAGCCAGUAGAAAUAGCUGAAUAUGACAGAGUUCUUGAUAGACCGAAGUCUCUGAGAAGGAUUCCAAAGAAUCUACAGCAUAUAUUAGAAGAUCGAAAGUCAUCAUCUAUCAUCAUAACUUCCAAAUAAUACUGUCCGAAAUUCCCUUCAAAAUCUUCAAAAUGACUGAUCUGAGCGACGCCAAAAUAGUUUCCUUUUACCUUCAACUUGCAAAAAUAGUGGGAAAAGCCUCAAAUAAAAAGACCCGGAACUGCGUUUCCUCAAUACUUAAUAACUCCAUGCCAGCACAACAGUACCGAUCUGGAAGGGAAAAUAGUUUUUCAAUUAGAAGAUCCUUGACCAAAAGUAUUGAGAAGUUAAAACUAGAGAUGGUCAGGAACUCCAAAUCUAUCACAUAUUCCCUUCUAGCUAGUGUAAUCACGCUCAAGAAAAUCACUAAGAAAGAUUCAUUGGUCCUGAGCAAGUUCUGUCAGCUAAUAAAUGCCAGUAGGAAUGAGCAUUGUCAGGAGAAUAAGAGUUUCAACACGAAGAAGAGCCAGAUAAUGUUCAUUCAAAGAAGUCUCUACUUCAUUAGUAACGAAGUGCUCUUGCUUUCUAAGAAGAUUAAUAACAGCAGGACUCAUAAUAAUACAUUUCUGAAGGAAAAUAUAGAUAAACAGAACUUCUUAAAAGAACUGUAUACCAUGCUGAAUAAAAAUAUUGUGGUGGCUUCAGACCCCUCUGAGUUUUGCUCAAGCAUCUCAGUGUUGUAUAAUUACAUCAAAAGUGUCUAUGAGUACCUUAGACAGCUAAUUGUGGGGGAUGUUUCAGUUCCAAGGACUCCUAAAAGUAUUUGCUCUAAAAAAUCUAAGCGAAGUGGUACUUUCUCAAAUUCGAAAAAUUCCAAACCUCUGACUAAAAACCAAAUGAAAGGUCAAGCCAAGGAGAGCCACAUAAAAUCUAGAAAUAAGAUAUGUCUUCCAAAGAUGAAGAAGUUUAGGACAAACAGGAAGAAAAGUUCUUGUCAAAAGAGGCAAUCGAGUGUCAAAAAGAGCCGAGGAAGAGGCUGAGAUAUUUCUACAAAGAAAUCUGAAACCUCCAUUUGAAAAGAAAAAUCUUCAAAAAGGUUGAAGACUACCCCCUCUGGUAUUCUUAUGAGACCAGUGCCAAGAAUUAAUUGCUUCCUGACUAAUUACGAAGAUUCUGAGAAAGGAUUCGAAAGUAGGGAGAUUUUAAUAAAAGAAAAGCCUGACUUUGUAAACCUGGUGAUCAAUAAACCUCAAACUACUAAGUCAAAGAAGACAGUAUUUGACUUUCACCGUGACCAAAGUUCUUCAGAGUCUGACGUUAAGCUAGAGAAUACAGACUCAGAAGUAAAGCCAAGCGAAGAGGAGAACAUCAACCUUCCGAGGCCUGAAAAUGCAGUAAAAAUGUGCUUCAAAGACUUCAAAAAUCAGAUAUUGGUAAAAAAUGAAGCUUCUUUUGGAGACACAGUAGAGCUUGACAUGUUUGAUAAUCCUCAGAGUGACACUCAAUGAGUAGCAACUCUUCCUGACCCGGUGUCUGACGCAGCUCUUGAGGAAGAAAAGGCGACAGACACUGAAGAGAACAUUAACCCUCUCAACUUUGGUCCUGACAAAUUUGAAUUUUGAAAAAUAAAGAUGAUUCAAACUAUGAAGAAUAAUCAGAUAAAUAAGGAAUUUCUCAAGAAAGAGAGUCUGACUACUAUUGAAGAGCAAUCCUUUGAUAUCUCUAAUGACUGAGGGACGAACAGAAGCCAUAAAUUUAGCUCACUUAUAUCAUGAGAGCCAUUUGACCUUGAAGAGCCCCUCCACAACCAACUUCCUAAUGACAAGUUUAAGUUUGAAAUUGAAGAUAGUAGCCAGAGCGAAUACAGCGAUAAUCUUCUUGAAAGUGAUCAGAAUUUACUUCUAUAA